UUCACUGCCAUUCCCGCUAGCUAUAUAAGCAUCACCCGUCUUAAGCGUCUCUCUCUCUUCCCCCCCUUUUCAUUUGCUAAGUAAUUUUCUCUCCCAUUUUAGUUUUUAUAAUUUAGGCAAAGUUUUGCUUUUUAACAGCUCGCGUUGCCGAUAUUCAUCUCAGAACGUGUCCGGAGUUGAGAAGUUAAUAAAAUUAUUGGGCACAUUUGGUUGCACAGAAGCUCAUAGAUUUGACAGUACUUGUUAUUGAUUGGGUUAAGUCAGCAAGGUAAGGAAAAGAAGAAGUAAAAUCAGGGAAACUUGUUCACGCAAUAAGUGUUUUACCUAGAGCUUGUGAACUUUGAAAGAGAGAUUAUGUGGGUUUAUGUCUCUGUUUUAGUGUUGACAUAAUAUUCUAGUUAGUCUAGAUACCAGUCAGGCCUGGCUUUAGAGAGCUACUUAGGCUCCAGUCACGAAGGGGUGGUGCUCCCCAUGGCACCUUCUCGGGUGGCUGGAGGGUUAGCCCAUUCAUCAUCAAGUUCUGGAAUAUUCUAUCAAGGAGACGGGCAAUCACAGAAUGCUGUUGACUCUCACUUAAGCUCGUGUUUUGGUAACACAUCCAACUCAUUUCUUGGAAAUGGACGUUUAAAUCUUGGUCCUGUUUCUGGUGACAUGAGUAAUGCAGUUCUAAAUAGUGUUGCAAAUUCAGGGCCAAGUGUUGGAGCUAGUUCAUUAGUCACAGAUGCAAAUUCUGCACUAUCAGGGGGACCCCGAUUGCAGAGAAGUGCUAGCAAUAACACAGACUCAUACUUACGUUUACCUGCAUCACCCAUGUCAUUCUCAUCAAAUAAUAUUAGUAUUUCGGGGUCAUCAGUUAUGGAUGGUUCUUCUGUAGUACAGCAGAGCUCUCAUCAAGACCAGAAAGUUCAGCAAUUGCAAAAGAAUCAUGAGCAAAUCCAGGGUGCUUCCAGUGCAACAUCUUUGCCUGCAGCCCAAACUGGCUCUGCUCCACCGCCAAUGGGUACGAGAGUUCCUUUGAUACAAGAUCCAAAUAAUCUAACCCAGAUGCAGAAGAAACCUCGGAUGGAUAUCAAGCAAGAAGAUAUAAUGCAUCAGCAGGCAAUACAACAGCUUCUUCAGAGGCAGGACCCCAUGCAGUUCCAGGGUCGUAAUCCCCAACUACAGGCUGUGCUUCAGCAGCAUAGAUUGAGACAACAGCAACAGCAGCAACAAAUCCUUCAGUCAAUGCCACAGUUACAGAGGGCUCACUUGCAGCAACAACAGCAGCAGCAACAACAACAUAUGCAAUUGAGGCAGCAAUUACAGCAACAAGCAAUGCAGCCGUCGUCUGCCAUGAAGCGCCCAUAUGAUAGUGGGGUGUGUGCCCGUCGUUUGAUGCAAUACCUAUAUCAUCAAGGACAGCGACCAAAUGAUAAUAGUAUUGCCUACUGGAGAAAGUUUGUUGCUGAAUAUUACUCUCCUCGUGCAAAGAAGCGGUGGUGUUUGUCAUUAUAUGAUAAUGUUGGGCAGCAUACUCUUGGUGUUUUCCCCCAAGCGGCUAUGGAUGCAUGGCAAUGCGACAUAUGUGGUUCUAAAUCUGGACGGGGCUUUGAGGCAACUUUUGAAGUACUCCCCAGACUUAAUGAAAUCAAAUUUGGCAGUGGGGUGAUUGAUGAGCUUAUGUUUUUGGACUUUCCCCGUGAGUAUAGAUUACCUUCUGGUUUAAUGAUGUUAGAAUAUGGAAAGGCAGUUCAAGAGAGCGUCCAUGAGCAACUUCGUGUUGUUCGUGAGGGUCAACUUCGCAUCAUAUUUACACAAGAUCUGAAGAUAUUAUCUUGGGAGUUUUGUGCAAGGCGGCAUGAAGAACUUCUUCCUCGAAGAUUGGUUGCACCCCAGGUCAGCCAAUUGGUUCAAGUGGCUGAAAAGUGCCGGAGUUCUAUCACUGAAAGUGGAUCUGAUGGGAUUUCUCAGCAGGACUUGCAGACAAACAGAAAAAUGGUAAUAACAGCUAGGUGUCAGCUGGCAAAGAGUUUGGACUUACAGUCUCUGAAUGACUUGGGUUUCUCAAAACGCUAUGUGAGAUGUUUGCAGAUAUCGGAGGUUGUGAAUAGUAUGAAAGAUCUGAUGGAUUUCUGCCGAGAGCACAAAGUUGGGGCACUUGAGGGCUUAAAAAAUUAUCCUCGACAUGCAACUGCAGCCAAGCUCCAGAUGCAAAAGAUGCAAGAGAUGGAACAGUUAGCGAGUGUUCAAGGUCUGCCAACUGACCGAAACACGCUUAGUAAGCUAAUGGCUUUGCAUCCUGGAUUGAAUAACCAAAUCAGCAAAAAUCCUAACCUUGGUAAUCGUGGUACUUUGAGCGGAUCUGCACAAGCUGCAUUGGCACUGACUAACUACCAUAAUCUCCUCAUGAGGCAAAACUCCAUGAAUUCAAACCCUAACUCACUUCAGAGAGAAGCAUCUUCUUCCUUCAGUAAUUCAAACCAGAGUCCCUCUUCUCACUUUCAAGGUGCCGCUGCUGCUUUGCUUCCAGGCUCCAUGCAGAAUUUACCUGUCAGUGGUUUCUCAAGUCCCCAUCUAUCUCCACAGCAUCAGCAGCAGCAUCUACAGCAACUUAAACAGCGCUCAUUAAGUGCGAAUAGUUUACUGCAGCAAAAUCAUCCGCAGGGCUCCCAAACAAAUCAAGCUCUACCUCCCCAGAUGCUCCGGCAACUAGUUCAGGAAUUGUCGAAUAACAGCAGUGGAGGAGUUCAACCGCAUUUCCAUGCUGGGCCCAACCCUAAUGGAAGUAUUACAAGUAAUGGUUUGGGUUUUGGAGGUAACCCUCCACCAGCAACUGGAGGAACUUCCAACGUUUCAGGAAGUAAUGGACCUGCUGCUCCUGGCAGAAGCAACAGCUUCAAAGCUCCUUCAAACAGUGAUUCUUCUGCAGCUGGUGGGAACAAUGGAUUUAACCAAAGAACUUCUGAUAUAUCACAAGAUCUCCACCUGCAAGAUGUGGUUCAGGAUAUUGCCCGUGAGUUCACUGAUAAUGGCUUCUUUAACAGUGACCUCGAUGACUAUGCUUGGAAGGAAUGACUAACAUAACUCGGCUCAGUAAUUGCCUAAUUGGCACAUCUGGGGAAGCAAGGGUUCAGCAAAUUAUCUCUGUACAGGAUAUUUUGAAUACCUGCUUUUUACCAUAUUGAUGCUAUUUGUUGUGACAUGGUGCUGUUGUACUUAAGUAGGCUUUUAGAGAUCUUGUUUGAGGAUUUUGUGUCACACCUGCAAGUGUAAUGUAUGGGACAGUUUGUCAGCUUCGUAUUUAUAUACUACUACACUAGGUCCACUGCCA